AAUCCGUACUCAGACACAACUUAAUUUCAGCAAACUUUUUAUUCCCUCACUCACUCUCACCCCACCAGACCUGGCUCAGUAUUAAAGGUAAUGAGGUGCAUUUGCCAAUACUGUUUUCCAUUGAAAAUGAGCCAACAUUUCAAACAAAGCUAGCAGUAAUUCUUUGCAGCACGUAAUCAUCAAUCCCAUGAUGUCACAAGAAGUUAUGCAGUCUUCCUACACCAAACAGUUUUUCCUAUGCCACUUUAUAAAUCAAUCAAAUGUAUUUAUAAAGCCCUUUUCACAUCAGCAGAUGUCACAAAGUGCUUCUACAGAAACCUAACCUAAAACCUCAAACAGCAAGCAAUGCAGAUGCAGGAACCUAGGAAGAAACCUAGAGAGGAACCAGGCUCUGAGGGAUGGCCAGUCUUCUUCUGGCUGUGCUGGGUGGAGAUUAUAAGAGUACAUGGCCAUAAAGGCUAGAUUGUUCUUCAAGAUAUUCAAACGUUCAUAGAUGACCAGCAGGGUCAAAUAAUAAUGACAGUGGUUAUAGAGGGUGCAACAGGUCUGCACCUCAGGAGUAAAUGUCAGUUAGCUUUUCAUCGCAUUCAGAGGUCGAGAGAGAGAGAGAGAGGUCGAGAGAGAGAGAGAGAGGUCGAGAGAGAGAGGUCGAGAGAGAGAGAGAGAGAGAGGUCGAGAGAGAGAGGUCGAGAGAGAGAGAGAGAGAGAGGUCGAGAGAGAGAGAGAGGUCGAGAGAGAGAGAGAGGUCGAGAGAGAGAGAGAGGUCGAGAGAGAGAGAGAGGUCGAGAGAGAGAGAGAGGUCGAGAGAGAGAGAGAGAGAGGUCGAGAGAGAGAGAGAGAGGUCGAGAGAGAGAGAGAGAGGUCGAGAGAGAGAGAGAGAGGUCGAGAGAGAGAGAGGUCGAGAGAGAGAGAGGUCGAGAGAGAGAGAGGUCGAGAGAGAGGUCGAGAGAGAGAGAGAGAGAGAGAGAGAGAGAGGUCGAGAGAGAGAGAGAGAGGUCGAGCGAGAGAGAGAGAGAGGUAGAGAGAGAGAGGUCGAGCGAGAGAGAGAGAGGUCGAGCGAGAGAGAGAGAGAGAGGUCGAGCGAGAGAGAGAGAGAGAGGUCGAGCGAGAGAGAGAGAGGUCGAGCGAGAGAGAGAGAGGUCGAGCGAGAGAGAGAGAGGUCGAGCGAGAGAGAGAGAGGUCGAGCGAGAGAGAGAGAGGUCGAGCGAGAGAGAGAGAGGUCGAGCGAGAGAGAGAGAGAGAGGUCGAGCGAGAGAGAGAGAGAGAGAGAGGUCGAGCGAGAGAGAGAGAGGUCGAGCGAGAGAGAGCGAGGUCGAGCGAGAGAGAGAGAGGUCGAGCGAGAGAGAGAGAGGUCGAGCGAGAGAGAGAGAGGUCGAGCGAGAGAGAGAGAGGUCGAGCGAGAGAGAGGUCGAGAGAGAGAGAGGUCGAGAGAGAGAGAGGUCGAGAGAGAGAGAGGUCGAGAGAGAGGUCGAGAGAGAGGUCGAGAGCGAGAGCGAGGUCGAGAGAGAGAGAGAGCGAGGUCGAGAGAGAGAGAGAGCGAGGUCGAGAGAGAGCGAGGUCGAGAGAGAGAGAGAGGUCGAGAGAGAGAGAGGUCGAGAGAGAGAGAGGUCGAGAGAGAGAGAGGUCGAGAGAGAGAGAGGUCGAGAGAGAGAGAGGUCGAGAGAGAGAGAGGUCGAGAGAGAGAGCGAGGUCGAGAGAGAGAGAGAGCGAGGUCGAGAGAGAGAGAGAGCGAGGUCGAGAGAGAGCGAGGUCGAGAGAGAGAGAGAGAGAGAGGUCGAGAGAGAGGUCGAGCGAGAGAGAGAGAGAGGUCGAGAGAGAGAGAGGUCGAGAGAGAGAGAGAGAGAGGUCGAGAGAGAGAGAGAGAGAGGUCGAGAGAGAGAGAGAGGUCGAGAGAGAGAGAGAGGUCGAGAGAGAGAGAGAGAGAGAGGUCGAGAGAGAGGUCGAGAGAGAGAGAGAGAGAGAGGUCGAGAGAGAGAGAGGUCGAGAGAGAGAGAGAGAGAGAGGUCGAGAGAGAGAGAGAGAGAGAGAGAGAGGUCGAGAGAGAGAGAGAGAGGUCGAGAGAGAGAGGUAGAGGUCGAGAGAGAGAGGUAGAGGUCGAGAGAGAGGUAGAGGUCGAGAGAGAGGUAGAGGUCGAGAGAGAGGUAGAGGUCGAGAGAGAGGUAGAGGUCGAGAGAGAGGUAGAGGUCGAGAGAGAGGUAGAGGUCGAGAGAGAGGUAGAGAUCGAGAGACAGAGAGAUCGAGAGAGAGAGAGGUCGAGCGAGAGAGAGAGAGGUCGAGCGAGAGAGAGAGAGGUCGAGCGAGAGAGAGAGAGGUCGAGCGAGAGAGAGAGAGGUCGAGCGAGAGAGAGAGAGGUCGAGCGAGAGAGAGAGAGGUCGAGCGAGAGAGAGAGAGGUCGAGCGAGAGAGAGAGGUCGAGCGAGAGAGAGAGAGGUCGAGCGAGAGAGAGAGAGGUCGAGCGAGAGAGAGAGAGGUCGAGCGAGAGAGAGAGAGGUCGAGCGAGAGAGAGAGAGGUCGAGCGAGAGAGAGAGAGGUCGAGCGAGAGAGAGAGAGGUCGAGCGAGAGAGGUCGAGAGAGAGAGAGGUCGAGAGAGAGGUCGAGAGAGAGGUCGAGAGAGCGAGAGAGAGAGAGAGAGCGAGGUCGAGAGAGAGCGAGGUCGAGAGAGAGAGAGAGAGAGGUCGAGAGAGAGAGAGAGAGAGAGAGGUCGAGAGAGAGAGAGAGAGGUCGAGAGAGAGAGAGAGAGGUCGAGAGAGAGAGAGAGAGGUCGAGAGAGAGAGAGAGAGGUCGAGAGAGAGAGAGAGAGAGAGAGAGAGAGAGGUCGAGAGAGAGAGAGAGGUCGAGAGAGAGGUCGAGAGAGAGGUCGAGAGAGAGGUCGAGAGAGAGGUCGAGAGAGAGAGAGAGGUCGAGAGAGAGAGAGAGGUCGAGAGAGAGAGAGAGGUCGAGAGAGAGAGAGAGGUCGAGAGAGAGAGAGAGAGGUCGAGAGAGAGAGAGAGAGGUCGAGAGAGAGAGAGAGAGGUCGAGAGAGAGAGAGAGGUCGAGAGAGAGAGAGAGAGAGGUCGAGAGAGAGAGAGAGAGGUCGAGAGAGAGAGAGAGAGGUCGAGAGAGAGAGGUAGAGGUCGAGAGAGAGAGGUAGAGGUCGAGAGAGAGAGGUAGAGGUCGAGAGAGAGGUAGAGGUCGAGAGAGAGGUAGAGGUCGAGAGAGAGGUAGAGAUCGAGAGAGAUCGAGAGAGAGAGAGAUCGAGAGAG